AUGUCCCAAGAAUCUGUCGUAUUGGAGACAAGCUUGGGCGAUGUUCAACUGGAGUUGUACUGGGACCAUGCUCCCCGUACAUGUAAAAAUUUUGCAGAACUCGUGAAACGGGGAUAUUAUAACGGCGUCACAUUCCAUCGCAUUGUCGCGGACUUCAUGAUCCAAGGGGGCGACCCAACAGGUACAGGAAGGGGAGGAACGAGUAUAUACGGUCAAAGAUUCGAGGACGAGAUUCACCCUGAGCUGCGCUUUACAGGCGCAGGUAUCCUUGCCAUGGCUAACUCCGGUCCAAACACAAACGGCUCACAGUUCUUCAUCACACUCGCCCCAACGCCAUACCUCGACAACAAACAUACUAUAUUCGGCCGUGUGAGUUCAGGUAUGAGAGUUGUGCAGCGUUUGGGUGCGGUCGCAGUUGAUGCACAAGAUCGGCCGAGAGAAGAUGUGAAGAUACAUCGCGCUCGCGCGAUAGAGUAA